AUGGUGUGCUCCGGCCAGUUCGAAUGGCGCGCUUUCAUCCUGCCAUUGGCCUUGUCGCCUGCGCACGCUCGUGCCGGCACAUUUUCUGUCUUCUCUCGCUUCGUUGACACUGUCCAGGUCCACCCUACCUCAAGCUCUCCCGACGGAAGGCGGUUCGAGUUCUGUGGCGAUCGUUUGGAUUCACAUGCGGAAGAAGGCGGCGAGCUCGACGCAAUGAUCUUGUCUUUGUGCUCCUUUCGAGGCCUGAAGCGUUUGCAUUUGAAGAUCUCGAACUUCCGAGAAUCCUGUCAGCUGCAGGCUGUGAUUCGACACCACAUCGCAACCCUGAAGACGCUGGCAUAUCACGAGCAACAGCUUGCUCCAAUUGACGAGAAUAGGCUAUGGUGGGACACCAGAGAUUACGCUCCUUCGUGGAUCUUUGAUCGGGCAAUCAAUCUUCAGUUAUAUCACAUGACCGCCCUCGCCGUCUGCGCGAGCCCGGUCUUUCUGCAACCCACUCUGGAACUAGGGGCCAAGAAAUCCAAACUUGAAAUCUUGCACUUCCGAUUUAUGGGUCUAGAGCACCUACACCGUGAUAUUCAGUCGGAGGUCAUGUCACAGAUAAGAGGCUGUCAUUGGUACUGCUCAUGUGGUUGCUGGGCUAAGAUCUUUCGACGGAGUUCUCACCCUGACGACAGGUACGGUUUUGCAGUGAAAUGGGAAGAGUCCUUGGCUGCUGAGUUGAUAAAAGCAUCUGGCCGCCAGGCGCCGGUAGAGGAGUCCUGGAUGAACUAUAGCGAAGCACGACAGAUCGUGGAAUUUGCGGACUGGGCAUUUGGACCACGGGGCCUUCCGAGUCUAGAAGUCUUGGCGUUUGGGGACUUCUCAUAUGGAGAAAGGUAUCAAAAGCAACGAUUCUUAGCGCGUCGGAGGCAGAAGAGCGUAUCCGACAAUGCGAGGAAAGAAUCAAGAAUCACUACGGAUGAGGAAAGCGACUGGGCUCUUUGUAUAUCCAACGAGGAGUCCCUUCUCGAGACUUCUUGUUUCGAGGAUCAUGAUAGCUUUCUUUCGGUUUGCCCUGACGGAGGUUUAAUGGAAUCACCAGAGGAGUGGUAG